UGCAGUGCGAAGUAUUUCUCAUUUUUAUUCUAGGAUAAAGCAGGUGGCGGUCGUUCUCAAUGCACAAAUUAGCUUGUUGGAUCUGUAGUCACUGUCGUUAGUGCUGAAAAAUGUGGGAAAAGUUAUAUGUUCUUUAAAUCAUAUUAUUAAUUAUAUAAAUUAUAUUUAUUUCUUCAUUAAACAAACGUUCAGUUAAUAUAUUAUAAUAUUCUAUUUUUUGCAAUAUGAGUAAAAAAUUAAAGCUCGAUCAUCUGACAACAUCAAAAUGUUUACGAUCUGGAACUAAAGCCGGUAGUACAGAUUCAUCAUCUACAACAUCAAAGUAUUUUGACAAUAAAGAUGCAUUGCCAAAAAAAGUAGAAAAGAAAAAACUGUCACCAAUAAAAAUAAAGAAUGAAGAAGAACAAAAUGUGAUUAAGGUAGAGAGUAAUGACAUAAAAGUUGAAGAUUCAAAACAUGAAGUUAUUAAGGAGGAAAGUACCCAGAAAGAAAACAAUUGGAUGCCACCAAAUUGGGAAAUUAUUUGGAAUAAUGUAAAAGAAAUGCGAAAACACGAAACAGCACCUGUGGAUAAAAUGGGUUGUCAUAAAUGUGCUGAUCCUGAAGCCACUGCCAAGGUUGCUAGAUAUCAAUCAUUAGUAGCAUUGAUGCUUAGUAGUCAAACGAAGGAUCAGGUCACUCAUGCUGCUAUGCAGAGAUUGAAUGCUUAUGGGUGUACACCAGAAAUAAUGAAGGAUAUCCCUGAUGAUGUUCUUCAGAAACUUAUAUAUCCUGUUGGAUUUAGGAAGAGGAAAGCAGAGUAUAUUAAAAGGACAGCAAGAAUUUUAGUUGAUAAAUAUAACGGUGAUAUACCUAGAACACUGAAGGAAUUGUGUGAGUUACCUGGAGUUGGACCAAAGAUGAGUCAUAUUUGUAUGCAAAUAGCAUGGGGUGAAGUUUCUGGCAUUGGUGUGGAUACACAUGUACAUCGUAUUUGUAACAGAUUAGAAUGGGCGAAGAAACCAACAAAGACACCAGAAGAAACAAGAAUUGCACUGGAAGAGUGGCUUCCAAAAGAUCUUUGGAAUGAAAUAAAUCAUCUACUUGUUGGAUUUGGACAAGAAAUUUGCUUACCAAGAUUUCCCAAAUGUAGUGAAUGUCUGAAUAAAGACAUAUGUCCGUUUGGUAAAAAAAAUAUAAUUAAGAAAUGUGAUUUUUGAAACUAUUUAUCAUAAAAUGUAUUUAUUUGUAUUCAUGAUAUUUGAAAAACACAAUUUAUAAUAUUAUUGCUUUAACUUUUUUUAAGUUUCACGUUGUUUCCGAAUUUUUUCAUUAUGCUCUUUAGUUUUCUCAUAUUUUCUUUAUUAUCUUUUUGCCAUUAUAUGUCUGUUUUCGUUGGAGUACUUUACUGUUUCUUACGUGCAAAAAAGAUUAUUACCGUUACGAAA